AGUCAUUAUUGGAUGAUCUAGAUGUAAUUGAGAAUUCUGUAGGAGAAUGCGCUCAGUAUGAAGCAGAAGAUGAUGGCGACUUUUUCUUGGACGUCUUAGGUGACAGUGAAAUGUUGAUAAAUGACAUUGCAAAUGAAACUGAAGAUGUGGAAGUAUCGCCAAAAAAGAAUUAUACUUCCCUAGACGAUAUGGCAAACAGCGAAAGCCUCAACAUCCCAAUAAAAAAAUUGUAAACAGAAGUUUAGGAGAAGUAAUCAUUAUGAUUAUAAAAUACGCACUCGUACAUGCAUUAUCUUUGACGCAAGUUUGCGAUUUGUUCAACUUGAUUAAUUUUUUUUUCGACGAAGCUAUCUUACCGGCAAGUAAAUAUUUAAUCGACAAAUUAUUUUGUCCCCGAAGUUGCGUAAAUUUAUAUGCAAUUUACACUGAAUGCCUAAUCAAUGUUAAAGAUAACGAUUAUAAAGAUUUUUUCGUUAUUCUGAACGUUGCCGAUCCUAUUGCAAAAUUAAUAGAGUCAAACAGUGAAUAUUACAAAUACUUCACAAAUGAAAGAGUUCACGUGAAAGGUCAGAUUCGGGAUAUAUAUGACGGAAAAAGAUAUCGCGAUUUUUUAAAACAACUAAGUGAAGACGAUAGAAAGCGAUACGCUACAGUAACUUUCAAUACAGACGAAGCACCUUUAUUUAAAAGUUCCGCGUAUUCUAUUAGGCCUGUAUUUUUAAUGGUAAAUGAAUUACCUAGCGAUGUUCGAACUAAAGACCUGAUAUUGGUAGGCCUAUGGUUCGGAAAGGAUAAACCAAAUAUGAAUGCACUUUUUAGAGCCAUUUGUGGAAACUGUGAACACCCUUUCAACAACAGGAAUUGCAUGCACUAUAGAUGGUGUCCCUUUUUUCAUUAAGAUUUUUGCUUUAAUAUGUUGUGUCGAUUCAGUCGCUCAAGCACCGGUGCAAGGGUUCACACAGUUCAACGGUUCUUAUGGUUGUAAUCAGUGCCUUCACCCUGGUGAAUGGGUUCUAAGUAAUGAUAAUAAUGCGCGUAGUGGGAGCAUUAAAUAUCCAUUGUUGAAGGCAGUGCCAAAAGAAAGAAAUGCUGACGAUACCGUAAAGCACAUGAUGAAAACAACAUCAAGUAAAAAAUCUUUUUUGGGAGUAAAAAGUCCGUCUCCUUUAACAAAUUUAUUGUUUUUUCAUAUCAUUUUCGGUUGUGUACCUGAAAGCAUGCAUUGUGCUACCGGAGUAGCAAAACAGUUUGCAACGAUGUUGUUUGGUAAGAAGAAAAAGCUGGAUUACUUCCUAAACAAAAAUUACUUGAAAUUAAUGCACUUUUAAAGAAUAUUAAAGCACCUUAUCAGAUUGUGAGACUAACUCGCUUAUUGUCUGAAAAAGAAUUUUGGACAGCACGGGAAUUGGAGAAUUGGAUUUUAUUUUAUAGCCUACCAAUUCUUCAAAAAAUUUUACCACCAGAGUUGUUAAUACAUUGGGCUUUAUUUGUGGAAGCAAUGUACAUACUACUAAAGGGAAAUAUUCAAACUUGGGAAGUUGAUCUGGCUAAACGAUUAUUGCAUGCGUUCGUAGUACGUACUGAAAUAUUGUACUCUAAAGUAGCCAUGACAUGUAACGUGAAUUCGCUUAUACAUUUGGCCAGAAGUGUGUAUGAUUGGGGGCCUCUUUGGAGUCACAAUGCAUUUGCUUUCGAAUCCGGAGAUGGAGAUUUACUAAAAGUUGUUCAUGCUGCAAAGGGUGUUCGUAAUCAAAUAUGUAGUAGCACUAGUUUGAAGUAUAGCAUGUUACUUUUAAAAGAACAAGUGGAUUCUUGUUUAAAUGUGAAAAGAUUUCUUAUAGAAACUGGUACAACCAUGGUUCAAAAAACUUUGAAAUUUUCCGAGCAUAGAUACUUUGGUUCAACAUCAAACGUGAGUCAGUUCUGGGUGGAAAAAUUGCAACUCUCAUCAGAAAAAGCACUUUCAUAUAAGAAAUUAGUUAAAGAAAGAUGCUUAUAUAUGUCAUCAAUAAAGAAUAACAAACCUUCCGACAAUACCUUUGCCCAGUUACGUGAUGGUAGAUAUGCUAAGCUUAAUUAUUUUAUUAUCGACUCUGAUCCUAAGAAAGAGUACACAAUACUCGUAAUUGAACACGUUCACACAAUUUAUUUCUUCCAAGAGAAAUGUUGUAUGUUGCGAAAAAUUGUAAAUAAAUAA